CAAAUCCUUACAGGUUUGCAUGCUGUCAUCGACGUUGUCGGUCUACCUGGAAAUUUAUUGGUGAUAACAACGAUUUUCAUGGAAAGCAGUUUUCAUAGGAUGCGGUAUAUUCUUCUCGCUAGCCUUGCUGUGUCAGACUGUAUCCUUUUGAUACUGGGAAACUCGCUCAACAUCGCAAGCGUAGCUCAAGAGAGAUGGUUGUAUGGUGAAACAAUGUGUAUUCUUCAUAUUGCUGUUACAAGAUAUUUCUAUUUGAGUACGGUUCUCCAUUUCAUUGCCGUUUCUUAUGAACGAUACAUCGCCAUUGUAAAAUCGCCUUUGACAUACGAUGGCUCCAUAACUGCCUCAAGAGUUCUGGAGUUAGUGCUUAUAUGGGCGCUGCCUUCCCUUCUGUGCUCAGCUCCUUUCUUCUUCGAUUCGGGAUUCUUUUACAAUCCAGAAGUGCCAUUUUGCAAGUCAGCAGUGAGCUCCCACAAGAUUAUAUUUCCUUUGACAUUAACUUUGUUCGUUAUCCCUUUUAUUAUAAUCCUUUACCUAAAUUGGAGAGUUUUUAAAACAGCAAACAUACUUCAGAUCAACAUUGUAGCAGCCGCACAACUCGGAUCCCUCGAGGGUUCUGACCUGAAUAAACAGGAGCAAUUUGAGGUACGAAGGAUCUUAGAUCGGAAGGCAGCCGUCGACGUAUGCAUCAUUAUCACGGUAUUUUUACUCUGUUAUCUACCCGAGUGGAUAACUAAUACCCUGUUUUAUUUUAACAAGAAGAAAUUCUUACUUGAAAUUAUACCAUUCGCGCGGUGUAUCUUCUACGUAAGCUCACUGACAAACCCAAUUAUUUAUUCAAUUCGCAAAAGGGAAUUUCGUGCUGGAGUUAGAAGAAUGCUGAAACGAAUCGGUAGACUAUGUGGCGUUACAUUUAUUUUGGACAACAAGAAUGGUGUAAAUAGCUCGACAACUCAAGCAAGCUUCCAAAGGGCAUCCUCCCCAGCAUAUUUCGAAGCAGUGCAGGAGGACAGACCUCGGGAAGUAAUAUUAUCUGUGGAAACCCUUGAGGGUCCUAAAGGAUUUAGAAUGAACUUUGAGAAAUGCCUUUCUCCGAUUGAAGAGGGUACGGAAUAA